CCGGGAUGGCGGCGUCAAGUGGGGCCGGCGCUGGUGGAAGUGGCUGAGAGAGGAGGUCCCCGCUGCUGAGCCCCCAGGAUCGGGGCGUGACGGUCGUCCCGAAAGGCUGAGCCCAGCUUUCACCCUUUUCUUCUGUAAGCUGUCACCAUGACCCUGACAAAGGGUUCCUUCACCUACUCCAGUGGGGAAGAAUACCGUGGCGAGUGGAAGGAGGGCCGCAGGCAUGGCUUUGGUCAGCUGAUGUUUGCAGAUGGUGGCACCUACCUGGGUCAUUUUGAGAAUGGGCUUUUUAACGGCUUCGGGGUACUGACCUUCUCAGAUGGCUCAAGGUACGAGGGGGAGUUUGCUCAGGGCAAGUUUAAUGGCGUCGGAGUCUUCAUCCGACAUGACAACAUGACCUUUGAGGGGGAAUUUAAAAAUGGCAGAGUAGAUGGUUUUGGCCUGCUGACUUUUCCCGAUGGCUCUCAUGGCAUCCCGCGCAACGAGGGCCUGUUUGAGAACAACAAGCUGCUGCGGCGGGAGAAGUGCUCAGCCGUGGUCCAGCGGGCCCAGAGUGCCUCCAAGUCAGCCAGGAGCCUCACUGCCUGAUGCGGGGCUGGGCACCAGCUGCCGAGGACUGGGAAGGACCACGGCCCCGUGGUUCAGCCGAGGUGAACAGUCGGACCAGAUCUGAGCCGAGCUGAGCCGAGAGGACUGCGGAGCAGCAGCCCUGUGCUCUGCCCGGCACCUGCCAGUCGGGACCCAGCUGCAGGAAAUGCCAGGGCGUCUGCUCACGGGCCCUGCCCAGCUGCCAGCAGUCUGUUGUUUCUUCAUCCUUAGGUGCAAGAGGACAGAGGGAAAGCCACCUUGUCUCACUCGUUAUCUCUGUUCCUACAACUUAGGCUUAGCCAGUGCAGACCAGAUGGGGCCUGCUACCCCUUUCUGCCAACUGAUAGAGAAUAAUCUUCAUUCUGCCUACAUCUGGGGCGGAUGAAGCUAACUUCUACAUAGGGCCUGUGCUUUGUGCUGCCCUGGAGAAGUAGGGAGAGGAACGGGGGCACGUAGUACAGUUGGCAGAGCUUUUCUGGUACUGCCUCCUUCGCUGCUGCUUGGAGGCCUGCUCCACACUCUACCCAGAACGAGCCUCCUCUCUGCUUGUCCCUCUGUGCGGAUCCAGGAAGCGUGCGGCGUUCCCCUCCCUGACUGUCCAAGCUGUCGUCCUUACCUUGCAGCAGGUGAUCCCCAUCUGUGCCUCUCCUUCCUUAGAUGUCAAACAGGACCCCUUCAUGGGCUCUUCAAGAAAGACUCGCACACGCAGUCCCCUUACAGAACUUGCACUAGUUACACCAGGGCAGAGUAGAUGUAAGCACUUCACUUGACUGCCCACCGUGGAGGGAACUGAAUCCCUGGGGAUGGCGUGGACUGACAACGGCCUUUCCCAGUGUGCCGUGGGUCAGACUCAACCACACCCCUUACGUGUAAGUGGAAUUGGCCGUCCAGGACUGUGGUGAACUAGGAGCAUGUGACUCUGUGCAUCUGGUUCACUGCGACUUUUCUGCCAUGAGACCUGGGAUCACUCCUGACCGAUAGGAUCCCUGCACAGUUACAUGGGGGCUUCCAGUUACCCUGUGACCCGGACACGUGGCCCAGUCCGUAUCCUCACCGCGCCUGUCCCUCCACAGCAGACUGUGGUGAAAACGAUAGCCGUGUGCCUCUGUUUAUUCUCUGGAUUGUACUGUAGAGCAAGUGUUUAUGAAGAUUAAACAGAUCACAAGAA